AUGCCCGGGGAAGCCGGCGCCCUUGAGGAGGCCUUGGCGGCUCAGCGCCGGGCGGAGGCGCUGGUGACGGAGCUGCAGAACCAGGUGGCCCAGUGGCUGCAAGCCACCAGGCAGACGAUGGAAGUCGCCCUGCGUGGUUUCACGAAGCUGGCUUCGAUCACCGGCCACAAGGUUCCCCAAGCUGAGCUGAAGUUCAUGCAGGCCUUCGCCACAUCAGAGCCGACACCGGCAGAGGUGCUCAAAGCCAUGAAAGAAGCCUCGCCCAAGUUCGAGGUCUGGGUCAGCGAGGCCCUGGCCAAGUACGCUAAGGGCUUCGCCAAAGACGGCGCCCCGGCGCCGCCCGCGGAGCCGCCGGCCAAGGAUGACGAGGCCGCGGUGCAGGAGGCACCGAAAGAGGUGGUGUACAAAGGAGAUCCCAAGGAGGUCCAGGAGCUGAAGCGGAUCACGCAGAAGCAGCAGGAGGAGAUUUCGAAGCUGCUCCUCACAAUCGACGAGCUGCGGAAGCGCAUGGAGAACAUCAAGGUCGUUUCCUUGGAUGCUGGCCCCGGUGUAGCUGGCACGGUUGACAACAUCAUGGAGAAAGUUGGCCUGAAGGACAUCAUGGAAGCAGGGCUGACGCGGAAUCCCCCGGUGUUGAAGGGCGUCUUUGAGCGCCUCUACUCCGAUGCCAUCCAGCGCAUCCAGAGGUACGGGCUAAUCCGGCAGCAGAUGCUGCUGGCCAACAAAGCCUACGCAGCCGUGGUGGAGGCCGUCGCUUCAGAGCAGGAGGAUCCCCGCAUGCCUGACUUUGAGCGACUGAAUGACACGACGGAUGCCACGAUCAGGGGCAUGUGGUACCACACCGAAUACCUCUUCCGACGUGCCUGUGAGUAUGCCAUGUCGCAGGGCGUCGAGGCUUCGCUUGUGAAAGCCCAGCAGAGCCUGGUCUCAGAGUUCGAGGCGCAGGUCACAAAGCUUGCCUCCCAGAACGUCGCUCGAAUCAGGCUGGAGGGAUUGGAGGGCUUCCGGGAAGAUUUCUUUGACGCCUGCACGACGGAAGAGGAUUUUUUGUGGAACGCAGUCAAAGACCCUGUGCAAACGGAGAGAGCCGUCACACGCUCCUUCAAGCUGGUCGUGAAGUGGCUGCCGGAAGAGGUGCUCCGCUCCGUGCAGCGCCUCUUCGCGGACCCGGCGGCGCCGCCGGCGCUGCUCCUCUCGGGCCUCCCGCUGGACACGGAGAUCCCACCCACCCCGGCGCUGCCCGGCGACUUCCGCCUGCCCGUCGCCGAGGCCUGGCUGCUGGGACUGGCGCGCUGCCUCGGACUGCCCUAUGGCCUCCUGGGGUUCUACACAGAGAAUGCCCGUGGAGGCCUCAUCCGGGACCUCGCACCAAAGCCAGGACUGGGCGGCAUCAAUCAGCCGCACAUCGACCUGGGAUUCCACCGGGACGUCCCCAAGUGUGUCUCGGGGGCCCUCAGUGAGCCGGACGGCUUCAUCCUGCUGGCCGCCCGCGGCGACCCGAAGGCGGGGAAAAGCCGGGAGGUAGCGCAAAAAGCAAAUCAGCUUGAUGGAGUCUUAAAUUACGGCUGGAAGUUUGCAAAGAAGCAAUAG